CGUCUAUAACACAUGACCGACCUGGGCAGGCACAAGCAAGAUGGAUGAAACGGGACGAAUAAUACACGUUAGUAUUGGCGCGAAGUCAGUCGCUGUCGAGUCAAGCCAAACGUGGUGUGUCACAUUUAGAGCGUUUGUUUUUGUGGAAUUGUUAAUAAUUGUUCCGUUUAUUCUUAAAUGAAACGCGGGUUGCGUUGUAUUAAAAGCGAUCGGGCGUCCUUUUUAAUAUAGUUUGGGAUUCGUUCGGGCGGCGUUUCCUUUUUAAAUCUUCGCCUUUCGCCGACGACAUCAAACGAGAUUGUUUGGGGUAUCGCGCAUUCGAAGGAUCGGAGUGCCCUUGGAGUUCCGCGUCGGACUGUUCUCAAUAAGAUCGGUGACAGUGGUUGUCGUCGUCGUUGUUAAUUUAAUGUAAGAAACGGACGACGGACAUGUCGGUGAAGAGUAGCGGUUCGGCGGGCGAAGCCCUGCCUAGUUCGGGCGGAAUCCUCCGCACCGCGGUGCUCAAAAAGAUGAAAACAUCGCGAAAAAAAUAUUUCGUUUUGCGUGCCGAAACUCCCGAUUGUUUGGCGCGUCUCGAAUACUACGACUCAGAGAAGAAAUUCCGCAGCGGUUUGCCGCCGAAACGUAGCAUUCCGCUCAAGACUUGUUUUAACAUAAAUAAACGUACGGAUACGAAGCACAAGCAUGUCAUCGCCCUUUACACGAAGGACGAUUGUUUUUGUAUAGUGCUGGACUCUGAAGAAGAUCUUCAAUCUUGGCUCAAGGAUCUGCUUACGCUACAACACGGCGAAGAAAUGCCACCAGGCCAGAUUCUCAAGCCCAAGUUCGAAUAUGUUUGGCAAAUACAGCUUUGUGCACGCGGACUGGGAUACGGCCGGACAGGACCGUACCGACUUUGUCUGACUGACAAAAUGUUAACCUUGGUCCGACUGGACGGUCCCUCGGAGCUGAUCGAAUUGAAUUUGGCCAGCGUGCGCAGCUGCGGCAACCUGAAGAAUUUUUUCUUUCUCGAGGUUGGCAGAUCGAGUAACUUAGGACCUGGGGAAUUGUGGCUAGAAGCGGACGACAGCAACAUUGCUUAUAACAUGCACACCACCCUUAGCCACCGCUUCAAAAUAUGCCGUGAACAAGCCAAAGCCGAAAAUCAAUACGGCGAUCCACCCAACGGACGUAUAAGAUCGUCCAGUGCCACCGAAUCCAAUAAGAAAAAUAAUUCCAACGUUGGGAAGAGUGCUAUUUUCCUCCAAGAUAACUCCCGCUCUACUACAGCGGAGACUUCUACUGCCGCAACGUCGACCACUUCUGUGAGUGGCGUAGCGAUGACUAUUUACAACCUUCUUCAGAGAGGCAGCAGUAAAAGACGACAUUCUGUAUCAGGCGCGGGGAACAAUAUAUCGGGAAGUAUUUCUCAUCAGCGCACUCAAUCACUGCCUCUAGCGACCCCCACCACCACAAUUGCACCAUUACCCGAUAACGCCACCACGUUAACAACCUCUCACCAAACUCGUAGCACAUCGAUCACCAAACGCCCUAGUCAAACAUCUAAGUGCUUCAGGGACAGAUGCGACAGUAUGCCGUCGCGACCUCGCACGAGCAGCGAGGGUAACCAUUGCAUACCAGGCUGGGGCAAACCGUAUUUGAUACCGCACCGCGGACACCUCAGAGACGCCUCCCAUAGUCCUCCAACAGGAAGUCCAAUAAGUCCUCCGUCGGAUUCCACCGGGUCGUCCUACAGCAUCACCGACGACCACGACGGCGUCGCGGCAGAAGUCGACUCGCAGAGGAUGCACAACACGCUGACCCCUGAUGCCGUCAUUGCCGAGGAAGAGUGUCCUGAUAGUCCUCACGCGGGCGCCGUUAGUGGAUACGUCACGAUGACACCUCAAACCGUCACGGACGGUUUUCAGCAUACGUCGCACCAUUACGACGGUCACAAUUUCCCGUCGAACUCGGCUAGCAUGAGCAGCGUCACAUCUGGAACGCCCUCUACCGACAUGAGAUUCUCGGAUUAUCCACUGGAUAAGGUUUUCGCAUACGUCUGCGCCGAAGAGGACGACGCCCGGCCUUGUCGCGCUUACUCUGUCGGAUCUAAACCACCGGGAGUUCCCUCGCCGCAUUCUGCUACUCCCGACAACUCUAGAAUGCGCGCGUUCAGCGUAGGCUCUAAAACCAAGAGGUAUUUCAACCGGGUGUUGCCGCCGCAUCAUCCGCAUCCCGGGAUCAAAUCGAGCAGCGCUCCCAUCCUUUCCAAUUCGCGGAUGGCCAAUUCGUUCGGUUCGAUCGGCCCGAUGGGCGAUCUAAUGGAAAUAGACUUUUCCUCGGACGCGAUGCGUUCCAGAACGAAUACCAGCGCCUCCGGAUCGAGCGAUACCAAGCCCACUGUGGAAAAGCGUAGCAGAUUCCCAAUGAAUUUGUUCGAAAGAUCGGAACCGGUCAACACCACUCCCGCGGGAUACGUGGAAAUGAAACCCGGAAUCGAUCACAACGCCAAAAUGAACAACUACAAGAACGACGUAUCGCCGUACGUAGAUAUGACCCAGGGGCAAAGGGUAUCCGCGUACGUGGACAUGAGCAAGGGGAUGUCCCCUUACAUGGACAUGUCCGGUUCCCCAUUCAGAAACGCCACCGAGUUUCACCAGGAUUUGAGAGAGAAUUCCAAAUACAGCGAUUACGUCGACAUGGAGCAGAGACAUAGAACCAACUCGAAUCCAUCACGUAAUCCCCAAACGAGAGCCGCGUUGCCGGGAUAUCCCUGGGAAUCCGAUUAUAUGGUGGAGCGCGCUCCCAGAAGAGAUAGGAAUUCGUUUAAUUCUCAGAUGUCGUCGUCGCCACACUUCGACUCUGUAUCGCCUCAGCAUUCCGAUUAUACCCCCUUAGGGUUCGGAGCUCAAGUGAAAAUAACCGACCGUCCCGAGGGGUACGUGGAAAUGACUCCGGGCGUAUCUUUGGCCCAUCAACAACGCCAGGCCAGUUACAACAACGAUAUGGGCGACUAUCUCAAUAUGUCGGGUGUUGUAAGCAGCAAGCCCGCAAAGAAAGAACGAUCCCAACCGAUCUCUAUCCAAACCACCUCAAAUAAUCAGACAGCGAAAAAUUCGAGUCCCAUUUCGAUCACGUCACUUCUCGGCGGGAAACCGUUACCGUCUGGUACGCCGCCACGCAUGCACUUACCCCUUUAUUCGUAUACGUCGUCGCCAUAUUCGAGUCUUCCGAGACAGAAGUCUAGGAAGAAUAGUGGUUCGAAAGAUAGCUCGAGCUCGAGCGUCACCACGACACCGUCAAGUUCUUCCACGAUGUUUCCGUUAAGCUUGAACAGUCCGAAUUCGCCAGCUAGUAAAACAAACACGCCGACCAUUUAUAAGGUACCGCCGUCGAUUUUGAAUAUCGCGCAUAAAGUCGGAAAGACGGCCGAUUAUGCGAUAAUGGAUAUGGACGGCGCCAAGCCGGCGGCGGCUGUCGCGAAAUCAGACGACAUUUCUGAUUACGUCAACUAUUGUCCGGGUCCCCCGGCUGCUCCGAAAACACCGAUUCUUCAGAAGUGCGUGGAUGAUUCCGCGGGAGACUACGCGAUCAUGAAACCGGGAAAAAUAACGGAGGGUCAGAGAUCCAUGACCCUACCGCGGAUGAGAGGACCAAAGUCCGGCAUCGCUUCCCCGCUCGCAGCUCAUCUGUCCCACGUCGGACUCAAUGAGCACAGUGAAGGGUUUCGACCCAUCACCGAGAAAGACGAACGGAUGUCGUCACCCAAACCUGCCGAUCAAGUCCCAUCGAAAUUAACUCAAGAUGAUAAACCCCUAGAAGCAGCUAAUAUGGAAGUAGAAGAUAGUCCUUACGAAACUCUUCAGGCUUCUGUUAGCUUCAUCUCCCAACCGAUUAAGUCAUCGAUACCCAGUUCGAGCAAUCCUGAAAGGAUACAGCCUUGUACUGCCGCAACUUCGAGUGACGAAAGGGUAUCCAGACCUGCUUCGGUAUGCUCUGAAGGUAAAGUAGUGUCCAGGCUGGGUUCCAAUUCUAGCGUCUAUUCAUCGGGUUCUUCAGCUUCCACUAUCGUGUUCCGAAACGAGUCUAGUAAUUGCGAACAGCAGCCUCUCGAACAGACUACGAGAUUGCACUACGCCAGCCUCGAUUUAACUGUAACGGACGAAGACGGCACGAAAAGUUCCAGAGUGUUGAAAAACUCGUUAAGUGAGGUUAACUUAUCUCAAGGUGAACCUACCUUCGUUUACGCCGAUAUCGAUUUCAUUAAGAGUGAAGACCUGAAGAAUUCGGGUGCGAACGCGUGCGGCAGCAUUGCCGCCAACGUAUCCAGCAGUGCAACAGUUAAACCAUAAAACAGAGAUUAGGAAUAUGAAGUGUAAACAAAAAAUGCUUUUAAUGCAAUUAGACGAGGUGAUAUGAAGUAUUUUAUUUGCAUACCAUGUUUCUGGCUUUAUUUAAAUUUUCGUGCACGAAACAGACUGAAUUUAAGUUUACUUUUUAACACGUUUUUCUAUAUAUUCAAUUAAGUAAUUGUUUUACCUACACAUAUCGUGUAAGAGGUUAGGACAUUGUAGAUGAAUCGGCGGGCAACAUCGCCAGCCGUUUGUAGGUCAUUGUGUUGCUGUUAGAUGUGUAAUUAGAUGCAUUUUGUUACUGUUUGCUUUUAUUUACUUGUGUUUAAUUUAUGAUCUUAAACAUAUCAAAGUCAAAACGUGGCAGUGACACAAUACAGUAUACUGUUAUCGGCAAAAUAGUCAAAUUUAUUUUAAUCUGUAAAUGUACUUUAAUAGUGAUAUAAAUAUAUAUGUACAGGGUUAUUGGGAAAUACAAGAAGGAGAAAAGCCUAUAAUUCUUAAAACUCAAAAAAUAAAAUACUAUUAAAGUAGACUAAUUUUCAGACGCACUUUUAUACUGGGUUUGUUCGCUCACCGAGUUUCGACUGGGAGUCGAAAACUUGCAAUAUGUUCUGGAUUAAAAGUUAAGGAACAAAUUCAAGCGAACUUGGUUAGGAGGCUAAAAUGAAGACACCCUUAAACUUUCCAUUUUAAGGAUAAUUUGGUUCAUGUAAAAUCUUUUUUCUCAAUCGUGUCCACUUAAACUGAUUCGCUUCCUAUAUACAUCCAAAAGAAAUUUUGUGGACGAUACCUUGUCAGAGCGAGUUUGUUGUAUAAACAUUAAAUGCGUUUGCCCCGUGCAUCUAACCAGUGGGUGGGUCUUAAAGCAUUUUUAGCAAAUUAAAAACGUGAAAAGCAGCUUUGAAUAAUGAUACCUCCUUGAUGUUUAUACAUAUAACAAUUACAAACUACAAAACGAAAGUACUUUGCAUUUUAAACCAGUUCGUGUAUUUUGUGUCGAAAUAUAUGGAAACUACAACAGUAUUUUUAAUAUUUUGCAUGAAUUGUUACGGCUAUUUUUCGGUAGUCGCAUUCUACAGGGUAUUUCAUAUAGAAGAUUCACGUUAACUCAAAGUUUUGUACGUUCGAAUCCCAUUCGCCAAGGGAAGAAUGCUUUGCCUUUUUAUAAUGUAUAAUAUCUAAAAUACGAAUCUCUAGCGAUCUAUUUCUUCAAUCUUUAAGUAUUUUAUAAAAGCAGAAUACUUGCAUCAUAUAUAGUAAUAAUUGCAAUGUUAUUUAUUAUAGGACAAUUUAGAUUCAGAACCUAAAACGAAUUAAGAGUGAAGUUUCUAUUUCAGACACCCUGUAUAUUUAGGUAAUUGUAGCAUAAAUAUUUAGUGUAUGAUAAUUUUAUAAAAUUGAGGCUCAAAAAUGAAUUCCUAUAGUAAUAGUUCAAUUUAUUAUCGUCUUAUUUUAUUCGUUUUUAAGUUUUAAUUUAUUCGCACUUAUCUUAAGUAACGGUACGGAGACGAAAUCGCUGUUACUUAACUAAAUUAAUUUAGAACCGCAAUUUUUUAUAGACAGUUUGUAAACAAAACCUCAGGUGCUGUCUUGUAGAAUAGCAUUUGCGAACACAUACAGUAUACAAAAAAACAUUUUAAUUGAAACAUCAGUGCCUUUCCCACAAACAAUUUCUGUUGAUUUUACAAAUGUUUUGUUUGCAUAAUAAAAUCCUAUUGGUAAUGAUACAUUUAAGCAAUGUCAGGUUUUAUAGGCAAGUAUUCUUUUUUACAUUCUGCAAUGUGGAAGUGGCAAUAAGGGUUAAAAUGUAAGCACCGAAUAUAAAAUAAAAAUUUAGGGGUAAUGAACAAAAACAUUUAUUUCGCAGUUUCAUUUAAUAAUGGAACUGCUACUGGAUUAACAACGGCUUUUGGAUAAAGGUUAACAGAUAUGGGAAAGAAUACUUGCAUCGCUAAUUUGAUGUGAACCAUGUUCAAUUACUCCGUUAUACGUAACAAAAAAAACUAUUUUCAUGGCUGAUUAAAGUAUAUUUUGGAAAAGUAUACCUAAUAAUAUUUACAUUUUUAACGUGUACAUUUGUGAAAAUGUCUAUAAAAACUCGUUUUAAUUUUCUAAUUUGUUUUAAAUGUUCUAGUUGAAAUUAGCAGUUGUAAGAGCCUUAAAAUAUUUAUAUCAUUAAUGUAAAGUAUUAUAGAAAAAUAUUUAAAUCAAAACUUAUUGCGAUGUAUCAUAUUCAUAGCCUAAAUAUAUUUAAAGAAAACUACAUAUUGCAUGAAAAAAUUAAAUACUCCCGUCUCAAAACUAAAAAAGUAUAUAUAAAAUACUGUAUGGAAAUAAGAAAAUUGUUGUGUUCAAUACUUUUUCAUAUAAACUUAGGAAAUUUUCGAUUAAGUAAGGUAAAAGUUCGUUUAAAUUAUUUACCUGCUAAGUCUAAUUAUUUUAAAUAAAUCCCAUUCUAAUACCGUUAAUGCAUUUGCGAUUUUUUUACGAAGUAAAAUUGAACGUCAACCUUCAAUUUUAUUCGAAGCACAUCAAAGGGUUUGUUCUAGUUUAGGAAAUAUAAAAAAAUGUUUGCUUAUAAUUAUAUUUU